AUGCCUGGCGUGAAGCCAGUCACGGUGGAGAGCCGGGCAGGGAUUCAGUCCCGUGGCCUGGGAUACGAGCCAUCAUGGAGUAGCAUCCCCUUCGAGAGCUAUGAGGGCAUGACCCAGCUGCAGUUUCAGGAGGCAAACGCGCAAGGCUGCUGGGGUGCCACACCAGGGAUGCCUUCGCAAGGCUUCUGUGCCCUUCAAGCCAAUGACCCCUUGCUCUAUGGUGGAGGCAAGCACUUCUACGUGCAGCGCGAGACUGGGACGAUUCAGCGGAUGCCAGCAGAUAUCUUCCACCCGAAGGAUGGCCUCAAUGACAACAUGCCCGACCUGUUGGCACUGGAACUGGCAUAUGGAGGGGGAGGAAAGGCAAAGAAGGCGGUGGUGAAGCCAAAGGUGAUCCCAGUGGCACUGCCUGAAGAGCCAGAGAAGCAGGAAAAGCCCAAGGUGGGACUGCUCUUCCCAGGGCAGGGCUCACAGUAUGUGAAGAUGAUGGCAGGUGUCAAGGACAUACCAGCUGUGAAGGAGAGAUGUGGACUGAGUAUGUUUGGUGACCACGAUGUUUCUCUUUACAAGAUGAGCAGCGAUAGCGUGCAGGAUAUGCUGGAGAAGGCGAACAACAUGUUGGACUUCAACCUUUUGGAUCUUUGCCUCAAAGGACCUGAGCCAGAGUUAGAGCUUCUCGGCAAAUUGAAGGGAAGGCGGACCAAAGCCUGCCAGCCAGCAAUGUAUGUAGCCGGCCUUGCGGCUGUUGAGAAGCUGAGAGCAGAGAAGCCAGAGAAGGUCGAGCGCUGCCAAGCGGUGGCAGGCUUGUCCUUGGGAGAGUACACGGCCCUCACCGUGGCGGGAGUCUUCGACUUUGAGACUGGUCUGAAAGUCGUGAAGUUACGUGGUGAGGCCAUGCAGGAGGCUGCCGAAGCGUCUCAGCAGGCAAUGCUGUCGGUGGCUGGACUGGACAAGGACACGCUAACGAGACUUUGUGCAGAAGCCUGUGAGGGGCCAAAUGAUGUUUGCCAGGUGGCAAACUUCCUUUUCCCGAACGGUUUCUCCUGUGCCGGGACCCUGGCAGCCAUCCAGCGGCUGGAGCCUAAGGUGAAAGCUACAGAAGGGUGCUUGCAAGCCAAAAUGCUGAAGACCUCUGGUGGCUUUCACACUAAGCUUAUGCAGCCAGCGCGAGAUAAGCUCUUAGAUGCCUUGCAAGAUGCUCUGCCAAAGAUGAAGCCGCCACGUGACGUGUACAUGAAUGUCACAGGCAAAAAGAUUGCAGCGGGAACGCCGCCUGCAGAAAUUUGGCCACUUCUUGCAGAUCAGCUUGUGAAUUGUGUGCAGUGGGAGCCUUCUAUCCUGGCCAUGAUCCAGGACGGGGUGUCGGAAUACUAUGAGUGUGGGCCCAUGAAGCAGCUGAAAGCAAUGCUGGUUUCUCAGGUGAGUAACCUUUCCAGCACAGUUGUCGACACCAGUGCCGCCCGGACCUCUAUUAUGAGCGGGUAA